AUGGCUGGCGGUACGCCGUUAGCGCUGGCCCUAUUGGCCAUAUUGGCAGCAAUAAGUCAUGCCAAAAUUAAUGUAAGUUUUUUCUACUAUCAUAUUUACUCCCCACCCCCCUUUUUUCAACUACAAUAUACACUCCCCCCCCCCAUUUUUUAAAUUUUCUACGACAGCCAUUUACUUCGUAUUUUACAAUUUUAAAAUUUUACCCCCACCCACCCCCUUUUUUUACUUUUUUAUUUUUUUUGUGACAAGUAUCUGCUUCGUAUUUUAAAAAAUAAAAAUUGUAAAAAAUUUACCCCGCCCUUUACUCCUAAAAAUUUUUUUUUUAAAUUUACCUCUCCCUUCGCUUUAAUUUUUUUUUAAUUUACCCCGCCUUCCACACUGAUUUUUUUCCAAAAUUUACCCCACCCCUAACUCAAACAAAAAUUUUUUUCAGUCAGUUUCGGCAUCGAUUGACCGUAAAAACACAGCUCACCACAACUUCAUUCCAAUGGUCGCUUUCAAAUGUGGCUACAGGAAUAAGUACCUAAAUGAGAGUGGAGAUUGGGAAUCAGACCCAUCCAGUGUAGCCACUUGUCUUCAAGGCAAAUUGGACAUUUUGAAAUACUGCAAACGAGUAGGUUUAUUUACUUUACAUUCAUUAGGCAGUGGAAAUUUCGAAAAAAAAGUUUUAACUUUUUAAAAAUAUUACUUUUGUUACCUAAAAUGUAUGUAUAACACCUUAAAACCCCAAGAUUUAACCAAAAUUUCAGGUAUACCCAGACAAGAAGAUCACGAACAUUGUAGAGUACGGUCACAUUUCCCAGAUCCCUCAAUGGUGUGACGAAGACACUGGCAGACACUGUCAGAAGACCUUCUACAUUCGACCCUACCGUUGUUUGGAAGGCGAGUUCACCGCCGACAGUCUUCAGGUGCCAAGCCGAUGCAAGUUCGGCCACGUUUCUGGCCGCGAGACCUGCGAAGGCUUCCGUCAAUGGCGUCAGAAGGGUGAACGUCAAUGCGAGGCUUCUGUAGAUGAAAAGAGCCAGAAGCCAAUGCGACUCCACUCGUUCGGCCUUCUGGAGCCAUGUGGCUUGAGCUUGUUCCGUGGCGUCGAGUACGUGUGCUGUCCGAAGGACGUUGAGGACAAGUUCGUCGAGGAGAACCUUGAGGACGAUAUUCAAAACUACAACUUGGACGACGAUGAAGAAGACGAUGAUGAUGACGACGAUGAUGACGAUGAAGAGGAGACUAGCACGGAAUCCAAGGAUUCUGAUGGUCAAGACCCGUACCUUCAAGAAGACAGUGAAGCUGAUGAGCACGAACGCUACAAGGACGCUCAGGAACGUUUGGAGAAGAAGCACCGUGCCAAGGUGACCAAGGUCAUCAAUGAGUGGAGCCAGCUGUUCGAACGCUACAACACGAUGAAAGAGAAAGAUCCAAAUCAGGCUGAGGAGUUCAAAGAUGAGAUGACCAACAAGUUCAGAAAGACUGUAGCUGCUUUGGAGAACGAGAACAAGGACCAGCGACGUCAGUUGGAGCAGGUUCACGAUGAGCGAGUUCAGAAUACCUUGAACGAGAGAAAACGCAAGGCUACACACGACUACCGUAUGGCGUUGGCUCUUCAAGUGGGUCAGAAGAACAAGAAGCAGGUACUAAAGACCCUGAAAGAUUACAUCAGAGCUGAAGAGAAGGACCGUGCCUACAUGCUACACCGUUACCGUCACCUCCUCCGCUCCAACUCUGAAUCCGCUCAAGCCUACGAGCCCAUGUUGUUACACCGUCUUCGCUACAUUGAUCUACGCAUCAAUGGCACACUGGCUAUGCUACGCGACUUCCCUGAUCUAGAACGACAACUGAAGCCAAUUGCCGAGGAAUUCUGGAGAGAGUACCGCAAGGAGAAUACUCCAGAUGCCGAUGAACACAAGAUCGUGGGCACUUCUGACGCCAACGAACAGUUGAUCAAGUUCUACAAGGACACCUACGACAAGAGUGGUAAGGUGAAGAUCAGCAGUGUGUUGGACAAGGUGAUGAAGGAGAACGAACAUAAGCCUGAGCAUAAGACAAAGUUCAUCUCAUUGGAUGAAAUCGUCUCUGAUCGUCAUCACGGUAGCCUGAAGGCCGAUGAAGCCAGAAGACUGUCUGACGAGGAUUCAGAUGUCUUCAAUGUGAAAAAGCAUUCUGAAUCCCACAAACUUCACGAUGACGAUGAAGACUUUAUGAAGUUCCACAAGAAGAUCGACUCCUUCAAAUCUGUUGGAGAUGAAGCCAAAUUCGACCGUGUAAAGCCAGAAUCCAAGACUUUCGACUCAAAGAAGACCAAGGAAGACGAAUUUAAAUCAGAAGCCGACUUCGAUUCAGAUGAAGAUCAGUUCGAAGAAGACGAUGAGGCCGAAGAACCUAAGAAGAACACCGUGGUCAUCAAGUCAGAAGACAGUAACGAUGUAGAGAUCGUGCACAAGGAGCCCAUCGUUCAGGAGAAAGACUUGGGUAAGAAGUUGGACGACGAUGAAGAAGAAGAGGGUUCAGAUGAGAGUGAUGAAGAUGACGAUGAGGAUCUGAAUGAAGAAGAGGAACAUAUUGUUGUUAACAAUGAAGAUCUGUAUGUUAGGAAAGAGGUCGGACCAUCUUUCGCUCGACAAGAUCAGUUGUUGGUUGACUAUGUAAGUUUAUAUCAAGUUAAGGUGGGGUACGGUAGGGUAAAGUAGAUACGGUAAAAUAAAGCCGAGUAUGGUAAGGAAAGGUAGGAUAAAACAAAGUACAGUAGAGUAGAGUACAGUAAGGUAUAGUAAACCCACCUCUUUCAGUUCCACCAACCCCUAGAACAAUCCAGCAGCUGGACCACCCCCACCACCCUCAUCGUCCUCGCCACCGUUGUGAUGUGCGCUAUGGGUAUCGUUGGCAUCGUACUGAAGCACAGGCCGUCACGUCAGGGCUUCGUCGAAGUGGACGUCUGUAACCCGGACGAUGGUGAUGUGUCGAAAAUGCAAAUCAAUGGCUACGAGAACCCGACCUACAACUUCUACGAUCAGAAACCAUAA